UUUUUCAUGCAGUCACUAACCUAUGGCCUAUGGUUCCCGCAAAAAAAACAAACAAAAAAAAACUAUGGCCUAUGGGCCUUAAAAAUUGAUGGUCCACUAACACCAGAUUGCUUUGAUCGGGUGCGUCCUCCUCGCCCUCGGCCCCUCAUCGAUUCCCCACUCCGCAAGAAUCUCUCAGUCUCACCCACCGAUACAAACCCACCGAUACAAACCGAUAAUGCAUAUUGGUUGAUUCCGAGAUGGGUCCAGAAACUAGUAGGCGGAGGUGUUGUUGUUGAUCGGAGCAGCGCGAGCUUGAGGCCGGCGGGGAGAGGAGGCGAAGGCGGCGGCGGUCGCGGCUGUUCUUGCUCCAGCGAGCCGGCCGGGUAGGGGGCGGAGGGCUGCGAAUCACGCGGCCGCGCCAGAAUUAUCUGAUUCCCACGCGGUGGCCUCCCAAUCCACAAUCUUUUCCUGCAAGCACGGCCCAUGAGGUCGUUGACGCCGCCGCAUGUGCCGGGGCUGUGGGAGAGGGAAGAACUCGUGGAGGUCCUGAUCCGCAUUCCGCCGGACGAGCCGGCGGACCUCAUCCGCGCCUCCCUCGUCUGCAAGGCUUGGUGCCGCCUCCUCUCCGGCCACGUCUUCCGCGGCCGCUACCGCACCUUGCACAAAACACCUCCAGUCCUGGGCUUCCUACAAAGCUGGGAUGACAACGUCGAGCGCUUCGUCCCGACCACAAAAUUCCGCCCCCGCAGUCCCAAGCGUCGGGACAGCUUCGUGCUCGACUGCCGCCAUGGCCGCGUUCUUCUUGGGUGUGAGUGGGACAGGGAAGAUGAGGAAGAGGAGGAAGAGGAGGAAGAGAAGGAAGAGAAGGAGGUGGAGGAUGUCAACUGGAAGAUGGUCGUCUGGGACCCAGUGUCUGGGAGCCGGACGGAGUUGCACAACAUCUUCGGCCCUGACAGCAACCGCGCAAACUAUACGGCCACGGUGCUCUGUGCAACGGAUGGCUGCAACCACACUGCCUGCAACUUGGGCCCAUUUUUCGUCGUUGUAGCUUUUGUCAGCCUUCAUGAUAAGAGGCUCGUGUUGGCGUCUGUAUACUCAUCGAAGACCCGGGAGUGGACCUCGCCGGCCUCUAUUCAUAUCGGCGGCGUUGGAACACUUGGAGCCUACAUCGUCGCAAGGCCUGCCGUUAUCGUUGGACAAGCGCUCCACUUCCUCCUUCGUCGAGAUGAGGGCAUUUGCAUUCUCAAGUAUGACUUGGUUAGGCAUCGCCUAUCGGUCAUUGAUCCACCAGGGCUGCGUACAUUGACGUGGAACCCUCUCCUCAUUUCGCCGGACGACGGUGGGCUGGGUGUCGUCCACCUAGACCAGCAUGGGCUAUGCCUCAUUUGGUCGAUGGAGGUGAGUCGUGAUGGAGAAGUGUCAUGGAUUCAGGUUAGAGAAAUGGACCUCAAGACACUUGUCCCCAGUGGCAAUCCCAGGACCUCAUAUUCAUUAAAGUUGGUUGGCUGUGUGGAGGGCACCGAUAUCAUCCUUGCGAUCACAUAUCUUGGUGCAUUCCGAAUUGAUCUCAAGUCCCUGAGGUUGAGAAAGUUGUCGAGUAAGCCAAAUAGGGGCACAAUUGAGCGGGAAAUAUUUGAGAACCUCUUUCUCUACAUGAGCUUCAACAAUCCACCAGAAAAUCCUGAAGUUGCGCAAAGAAAUUCUCAUCCUAGUGACUCAUUCUUCAAAACUGUUUGCUUCGUUUAGCGGUGGCAAGUGCUGUGGCGGUGGCUGAAACAAGUGAAGCAGGGCGCCGUGUGUCUUGAAGGGGGGCGACACAGCUGUUUCCUUUAACAACGCGUCAUUCAAUGAAGUGUUUUUGUUAGUUGGUCAUCACUAAAAAGUUUAUAGUAAUAAAGUGGGCCUAUUAUAUUAAAUUUAGAGGAUUCUCCUAGCAUUAUGAGUUUA